AUGUUUGUUCCGAACGAGGCGCGUGAUCUACUAGGCCCGACUCCGUUAGUCUCUGAGGUGAUGGACAUUGUGGAGGACGCACGUCGCUGCAAUUCGAGGGUCGAAUACGAAGAUGGUUGGAUAUCCGGCGUCCAUUUCCCGCUCCUGCGUCUUGCUCUCAACGGGAAAAAAGGGCCCGCCAAUAAUCUGCUGGACGUGCUUAUUACGUAUAGUCCUUUCGCCAGCCAGAAAUCGAGGAUGGUAGAUUUGUGUCUCGUCGCAUGUCCAUCCAAUUUAGUGGACCCAACCGCUGUCGCUGCGAAAAAAGCCAUCGAUGUUUUGCGCGCAAGGCUUCCCGGCUCAUCCAUCAACCAUAGCGACGCCCCCCCGCUACUGGACGUCCCAAUCGUGGUUAGCAUCGAAGUUAAAAGGAGCGGCGGCGACGAACAGCGACAAACACUUCAAAUUGGCAUUUGGCAGGCCGCACAGUGGAACAUAUGGUCGCAGCUUUUGGAGGGUCGGUUUUUACAAAAAUAUUCGAUUAAUACAACCCCUUUUGAGGAUGGCGGCGGCGGUGGCGAGGGGGCAAAUAAUAGUUUAAUAAAUUCUGCAAAGCGUGCCGUGGCCGAAUUGGACCGCCUACUCGGAACACUCCCAUAUAUUCCAGCGAUAUUUAUUCGUGGCCAUUCCUGCGAUAAGACCAUCCUUUGGCGCGAAUACGCCUUUGGCACGACCCAGAGCGUCGUGGGUACGUAUAAGAUUGUAUGUGGACUGCAAAAUCUACAUCGAUAUAUCCGUAACACAUUUUGGCCGUGGUAUUUUCGAGUUAUUUUGGAGAUCGAGCCAGAUGAUAUGCGAUAG